AUGGAAAACAUGUUCACGGAAUUGAAUUCCAAAUACGAUGCUGUAGCGAGCCACAUAAGGCAGAUGGACGUUCAGAUUGCUCAAACUGCUGAAACAAUAAAAAGGCAACAGGGAAAACUCCCAGGGAAAAUAGACAAGAAUCGCAAGGACUGUAUCGCAGUCGAGCUGAGAAGUGGAAGACAUCUAUCAGAUCAUGUCCCCAAGAAACUCACUGCUCAAGAGAAGGGAAAACGGAAAGAGGGAGAACCACAUUCGCUUGAGGAUGUCCACGAUGACGAUCAUGAACCGGAACAGCCAACAACCGCAGAACCAGUAGCCCCCACGACGCAAGAUCAACCUGUUCCAACACGCGUCUACAUUCCAAAAGUUCCCUAUCCAGUCCCUGCUAAGAAAUCACGCAAGGAUUGCGAAGAGAUGAAGUGCAAAAAGAUGCUUGAAGACUUGAACGUUAAGUUCUCUCUCAUGGAUGCUAUUCAGAUGAUUCCUUUAAUGUGCAGUCUUGUGAAAGGGCUGAUCUCCAGGAAGACUUCUGCAGACAGCGACAUCAUGAUGGUCUCGAAAGAAUGCAGCACAGUCCUUCAAAACAGAAUAGUCAGGAAAUUGGAAGAUCCUGGAAAAUUUGUCCAAUAUGUUCAGAUUGGAAAGACAGUCUUCGCUUGUUCCUUAUGCAAUUUGAGUUCCAGUGUGAAUCUCAUGCCCUACUCAGUUGCAAAACGCAUGGGACUAACCAACUUCAAGCCAACCAACUUCGUGGUUCUAAAUCUCGAAGAUGAACCAAAAGACCCUCUCAUCCUGGGCCGUCCUUUCCUGUGCACAACUGGUGCAAUAAUUGAUGUCCGCAACGGGACGAUUGAUCUCCAACUGGGAGAUAUUGUGAUGAAGUUCGAGAUGGAUGAGCUUCUCAAAUGA